ACAGAGAAAAUGGACGAUUCAGACUCACUGAUGACACAAAGUCAAGAAUAUUCACAGUGAAAAUUUCUAAUCUGACCAUGAAGGAUUCUGGGUCGUAUCUUUGUGGCAUCCAGAGAAACUCAGGAAUGGAUGUUUUCUCUGCUGUUCAGCUGGAGGUCAAAGAAUUGCUCUGUCUGAAGUCAUACGACAUCAGCGGCCUUGUGGGACAUGCAGUGACUCUGCGGUGUCCUAAUCCACCAGAACAGCGAGACAGAAAGAAGUUCCUCUGUAAAGGAGAGCAACACAACAACUGCACAGAUAUGAUGGAGAACCAAAUGAAGUUCAUGCUGCACAAUGUUUCCUCCAUCUGUUUCUCUAUGACCAUCACAGAAUUGGAAGCAGCUGAUGCAGGAACAUACUUCUGCGGCUCAGACGCUCAGCUGAGCUACACAAAAAUAAAGCUGACAGUAGGUGAGAUCCGCAAAGUGGUAAAUAAAUUAAUAUAAAGCACCUGAAAAUCUAGGCCAAGGCUUUUUACCACAGCACGUUUCAUUUUUGCCUCUGACAGUCUCUCCACAUCAAAUCAGCUCUGUGGCUUCGAUCAGCACUGCUGAACAAGUCACAUCACAGCCACCAUCAACACGUGUUCCUGGUAAACUUGUUACAUUUGGUUUUGUCUGUUAACUACUCCUGUUGUUUUCUAACUCUUCCCAAACUAGUCACUCCAAAUCUCCAGAUAUCGUUGUCUAACUGUCCAGAGCUGCUCUUGUAUUUCUACAAUACUUUUUUGUUUCUGCAAUAUUAAA